UGUGUAUAUACAUGUAUAUAUCUCCAUUCUGAGGGUCUAGGAGCAGUGCCCCCUGAUAGCAACGAGCCCACUAGCGCCCAGAUGUUGGUUUCUAAAUACUCUUCUUCUGAAAGGAAACAGUCUUCCUUGGAGAAACAGCGGAUCCCAGUGCUGGGCCAGGGAAUGUACAAUGAGGCUGGGGCAUCUGGUACCAAAAGAUUCGAUCGGAACGAUUUCCCCUGGAGCACCGUCCUCUCUCCGCAGCGGUGACUGCUGUUCCCCCGGCGCACACAGCAUCUCCGGCCUCUGACCGGUGCGGAGCGCAGUCCUCAUCUCGGUGUCCAUCCUCUCCCCUUGCCCGCUCAGCUUCUUGAAGCAGAGACCGUGUCUUCCUGAACUGACGAUCUUCGUGGCCGGACUUUGAGUGGGUUCUCCUAAGUCUUUGUUAAGUUAAAGGAUGAAUGAACAAACGAGCUGGUCUUUCUGUAUUUGGCGGCUCCAUGGCUUUGGAACCUGCUGGCACAACACCAGAGCCUUUCAGGAAUUCAUGAACAAGAAGAAACCAUCUCUCUCACCCAGUCACGGUCAACCCUACCACUUUCCUCGAUGUGGCAUCGGUGGCGAGCUCUUAGGCUGUAUCUCCUUCCAGCUGUUUGCAGAUGAAUCUCCAAAGACAGCAGAGAACUUCCACGUUGUGAGCGCUGGGGAGGAAGAAUCUUGUUUUCACAGAAUUAUUCUGGGUUUUAUGCGCCAGGUGGUGACUUCAUUUCAUAAUCGCCCUGGAGCAAAUGGUGGACCCAAGACAAACCAACUUUUCGACUGUACUGAGAUUGAGUGGUUGGAUGGUCUUCAGCAAGGUGAAAGAGAGCAUGACUAUCGUAGAAGCCAGGACGCUUUGGGUCCAGAAAUGGCAAGACUAGUGAGAAGAUCAUCAUGGCUGACUGUGGACAGAUCUAAUAAAUUCGAAUUGUAGAGAUAAAUAAAU